ACCAGCUGUCUAGGAAAGAAACGACUAAUGAGAAACAGGAAAUGGUAGUGUCGAGAGAAAAAGAGAGUUGCUGUAAUUAAAUUCCGGCAAAUUUAAUAACUCGAUUUAUAGCCCUAAUCAUUUUCAUGGAAAAGAAAUCACAAAAGAUCAUCCAAGGGGCUUCUUUUAGCACUCAAAAUGGACAUUUACUGGUUUCUUCCGGGAUACAAUCCCUGGAUACUCUUUUAGGAGGAGGUAUUCCAGUUGGGACGGUGGUUUUAAUUGAGGAAGACUUCCACGGAUCGUACUCAAAAAUCAUACUGAAAUAUUUUCUUGCCGAGGGUAUCGUCUCUAAGCACUCUACUUUGAUAGCUAGUCAAGAUGUGAAUCCUUCCAAUAUUGUGAGUACCAAAACAUACUCCAACCCCGCCUACAAUGACUUGCUGAAGUCGAUAAAAAACAAAAUCAAGGAGGGUAAAUUUUUCCUGAAAGAUAGCCCCGAAAAGAGGUCCAUCUUACGAAUAGGAGUACACUCGCUAGGGUCUCCGAUGUGGCUUCCGCACCGGAAGUCUCUGCAUUCGAUAGAAAGCACCCGCGACCUGGACAUGUUCAUAUUCUGCCUCAGGGCGCUAGUGCGCUCCGCUUACUCCGUGGCUGUCAUAACCAUUCCAACGCAUUUGUAUCAUGAAAUAUCUUUGGACAGAUGCAUCCACUCUAGUGAUAUAGCGAUGAGGCUCCAAGCCUUCAGUGGGACCGAGUUGGAGCACAAUCAAAGUUUGUCGGAGUAUCACGGUUUCUUUUAUCUGACCAAAUUGGCGGCCAUCAAUUCGUUAUCGUCCAAACAUCCGGGUUCAGUCGAAUACGCUUUCAAACUGAGGAGGAAAAGAUUCUCGAUAGAUAUGCUGCAUCUGCCUCCAGAUAUUCAAGACGAUGGAGACGGUAGGAGAGAAAACGUUCCUUUCUUGGGGUGUGGUGGUAAUACCAAAAAGAGUUUAUUGGAUUUCUAACUACUUACGUACCUUGAAUCAACCUUAUCAUCAUAACUUAUUUAUUGAAGAGUAUUAUAUUUUGAAAAAAUUGACAAAUUACACGUUUUUUUUACUU